UUGGUCAGAUGACCCAGUCUGUGUGAUUACCAUAACUGAAUUUCAGCUCCGGUGGCUUCCUAAAUCCUCAGCGAUCGUGCACACUGUAAAGACAGUAAGGCGUCAGUUUUACCAUAUUAGUUCAAGCUCGAGUCCGGUGAUGAACUAGUUAUUCAACCGGAAUCUCCAUCCAAAAACGACUUGAGCAGACCAUUUCAGUGACUACGCAGAGAAUGUAGAGACAAAGGCAUUGAUCAUCACCUCAUAUCUUCAGAAACACUUUUGCUUCAAUUUGGGUGUGGGGUGAGAGACACCAGGGUGAUUUCAACCAAUCUUAUUCAAGUCUUGGUUUGAAAGUGACCAAUCACAUCACAUGCAAGUCUUCUAAAGAGCAUUUUCACACAUCCAUUGCUUCAAACAUGAUCAUUUGGGCCAUUUUGAUCUUUUGGGCUCCUGGAGUCCGACCUAAUCACAAUGGUGAAAAUGUCUCGUUACAAACAUUCCAGCUGGGAGAUGAUGUUACAAUCAAAUGCUUCUCGAUAAAAAGUUUUGGCAACACAAUGGUUUGGUAUAAACAGAGCAUUGGGAAGAUCCCUCGGCCUAUCGCAAUAUCGUAUAAUUAUUUGAAAAAUAUUGAAUUUGAGGAUAAAUUUAAAAAUGGGAGAUUCAAUAUUUCAGCAAGUGAAGGAUCUUUUCACCUGAACAUCACAGCUAUGACCAAAGAGGACAUCGGAAUAUACUAUUGUGGAACAGUCUUCUUGAAUCAAAUAAAAUUUAUCUCUGGAGCAUAUCUGAUGCUAAAAGGAAGUGAAUCUAAAGACUUCAAUAUGGCAUGUGGGGAGAGACCAGUUGUGAAUGGAACCACUUUUAAAAAUACUGACAACAAUAAUCAAAAAGCAUGGGAUCCUGUGCUACUUUGUUUGAUAUCCUCCAAUGUUGUUUUUGUGAUAGUGAUUAUCACACUCCUUGUUGAUCACUGCAAACGCUGGGGAAAAAGGCAUAAAGGAUCUACAAAUCUAACAUCUCCAUCAUGUGAGAUUAGAGAUUCAGAUGUGAAUUAUGCAGCUGUGAGUUUUGCCUCUGCUCCUCCAGCCAGAAGAUCAAACAACAGACAUCUGGCUGAAUACAGUGAAGUGAACUACAAGUCGACAGAUCAUAUGAUUUAACAGAAUAUCUCCACAAAAUUAUUUGCCUUUCUGUAAACAUUUAUUAUUGUACUGAUAAAUAUAUUUCAAAAGCAUCAGUUACUGUAAAUAUAUAAACAGAGUUCAUCUUCUAUUCACAAAAAAUACACUGUUAUUGAUCAAAGAAAUUAAAGAUAAUAAAAACAAGAAUCUGUUUGUAUGAAAAUGACAUGCAUACUAUAGUAAUAAUAACUGCAUGACAAUAAUAAAAUUGAAACAUGCAUCAGAAUGCCUUAAAUAUUAAUCUCUAUCCUGUUGAGUCUUGUCAUAUUCCUCAUUGCUGGAAACACUUGCAUAGUCUGAUGAAUGAUGCCUCUGAUACCAGUCGUGCACUUUAGCCAAAGACAUCUGUAUGUCCUUGCCAUCGACGCAUGAGGACAUGUCUGUUAUAAAGAAAUAAAACAAAGCUUUGGUCUUCUGA